CCCGGAGGGAGCCCCGCGCGCGGCCUCGCUCAUUGCUAUGGACAGUGCUAUCACCCUGUGGCAGUUCCUCCUUCAGCUCCUAAAGGAGCCUCAGAACGACCACAUGAUCUGCUGGACCUCUAAUAAUGGGGAGUUCAAGCUUUUGCAGGCAGAAGAGGUGGCUCGUCUCUGGGGCAUUCGAAAGAACAAGCCUAAUAUGAAUUAUGACAAACUCAGCCGAGCCCUCAGAUACUACUAUGUGAAGAAUAUCAUUAAAAAAGUGAAUGGUCAGAAGUUUGUGUACAAGUUUGUCUCAUACCCAGAGAUUUUGAACAUGGACCCAAUGACAGUGGGCAGGGUUGAGGGGGAGUGUGAAGCUUUAAGCCUCAGUGAGCUCAGCAGCAGCAGUUCCAAAGAUGUGGAGAAUGGCGGGAAAGAGAAGCCACCGCAGCCUGGUGCCAAGACCUCGAGCCGCAAUGACUACAUACACUCUGGCUUAUAUUCUUCUUUUACUCUCAACUCUUUGAACUCCUCCAAUAGGAAGCUUUUCAAAUCUAUAAAGGUUGAGAAUCCAGCUGAGAAAUUGGCAGAGAAAAAGUCUCCUCAGGAGCCAACUCCAUCUGUUAUCAAAUUUGUAACAACACCUUCUAAAAAGCCGCCAGUUGAACCUCCUGCUGCCUCCAUUUCAGCUGGCCCGGGUAUUUCUCCAUCUUCAGAAGAAACUAUCCAAGCAUUGGAGACUUUGGCUUCCCCCAGACUGCCUUCCCUGGAAGCACCAGCUUCUGCAUCGGCAGUGACUGCCCCUUUUACCACCACACCUCCUGUUUCGUCCAUGUCCCCUCUGCAGGAGCCUCCUAGAACUCCUUCACCACCGCUGAGUUCCAACCCAGACAUGGACACGGACAUGGAAUCAGUGGCUUCUCAGCCAAUGCAGCUUCCAGAGAACUUGUCCUUGGAGCCUAAAGACCAGGAUUCAGCUUUGCUAGAAAAGGACAAAACAAAUAAUUCAUCGAGGUCCAAGAAACCCAAAGGGUUAGAGCUGGCACCGGCCCUUGUGAUCACGGGCAGUGAUCCAAGCCCACUGGGAAUAUUAAGCCCAUCUCUCCCUACAGCUUCUCUUACGCCAGCGCUUUUUUCACAGACACCCAUCUUACUGACUCCAAGCCCCUUGCUCUCCAGUAUCCACUUUUGGAGUACUCUCAGCCCUGUUGCUCCCCUGAGUCCAGCCAGACUACAAGGUGCUAACACACUUUUUCAGUUUCCUUCUGUGCUGAACAGUCAUGGGCCGUUCACUCUGUCUGGCCUGGAUGGACCUUCUACCCCUGGCCCAUUUUCCCCAGAUCUACAGAAAACAUAACCUAUGCACUUGUGGAACGAGAGAAUCAAGGAAUAAGGAAAGAGAAAGACAUUCAAGUGAGGGAUUGAUACUUCACGAUGCUGAUAAUAGACUGUUAUGAUUUCUGCCGUUCCCCAUUAAAAUGCUUUUUAGGAUUCCCUUUGAAUAGGACUCAAGCUAGACUGUGUAUAAAAAUGCCUUAAUUGGAGUCCAAAC